GAACAGAAGAGAAGGCCAGCUCAACAGAAGCCACUGUGACCAAGAGCCUCAGGACGUAAAGACAGACCCAGGGAGCUUCAUCUCCCAAGUCUGUGCCCAGCAGGCUGUGGGCCACGCUCCUCAGCAAGAUGAUUACCAAAAAUGCAAGCACGAGGCUGCUAAAUGUCACCUGCACCAGUUCAGUGGACAAGGAGCUCUUUCUGCAUUACUCCCUUAUCCCAUCAUUUCUCAUCAUUUUGGUCUUGUCCUUCCUUCAAAGGCGAGAGCACCAUAGACAGAGAGAUGAUACCACCUACCUCCUGGGAAACCACUUUGGAAUCAUCAUGCCUCUGGACUUCGUGGGCACUUUUAGUAACCGAUGGUCCUAUGGAAUUGCCUUUGGGGCCACAGCCAGUAAGGUCAUGUUCUUGUUCUUGGAAGGUUACCAGCCCCUGCAGGUCCCGCAGUGGGCCCAAGCCUUCGUGCUCCUGAUGGGAGGUAUUGAAGUCGGCCUGGCCUACUUCCCCUUCUUUGCCUGCCUCUCUUCAGAGUUCCGCCUGGUCAGCUCCAUCCUUGGCUUCAGCUACUCCCUCCUGUGGUUUACUGUCACUGUUCUUCAAAUCUCACAGUGUCCCCAUGGCCAGUUUGUAGGGAGGUACGAGUCACUGGUGUUCCACUGGCCAUCACUGCUGUGCCUGGCGUUCCUGCUGGGCCGAUUCCUGCACAUGUUUGUCAAGGCUCUGCGUGUGCGCCUGCACUGGGAGUCUCAGGCGGAAGCGAAGCCGGUGCUUCUGGAAUCACACCAGGCCAAGCACGUGAAGCAGCUGCUAAGGAAGGCCCCGCCACAAGAGGAAAAAAAGUCUUGGUUUCAAACCAGGGUGUAUGAGUGGGAUCCCUGCUUCCAGUUCCCAAGCAGAAUGAUCGGAACCAUUGUGUUGGCUUUCAUUUGCCUGUACCUUUUCAUUGUCAUUGAGUUCUGCAUGUUCGUGUAUGUGAGAGACAAGCUGAAGGUGUUUGAAAGCGACCUGGAGAACUACAUCACUCAUAUGAACCAGACGGGGAUCCUGACCCCAUUCAUCCAGCAGGUGCAAGAGCUGAUCAGCGUCGCCAAAGGAGUCUGGGUGGCAACCAUUCUGCCCGCCUCGCUCACAUGUGUGAGCUAUCUGUUCCACAUUCUGGCCUGUUACAGAAAGCACAUGAAGAGACUGUGGGCGGGAGAUAAGCACUUUCUCCCUCUGAAGUUCCGGGAUCCUUCCCCAUCUGAGAGUGUGGCAGCCAUUGCGAGGUACUCUGGCUGGCAGAUAGCCUACAUUCUGUGGGGCUACCUCAUCAUCCACGUGAUGCAGGGCCUGUGUGGCAUGAUGAUCAUGUAUGGUCUGGUCCUCCCUGUCACCCACCACCGGGGCCUGGAGAUGCUGCAAGGGUUGGGCCUGGGGCUCCUCACCAUAGCCAUUGUCGUGGGCCUCAUGAUCCUGCAGGUGGGGAUAGCCGCCAGAUUCUUUCUGCAGCCCAAGCUGGGCACAGCUGACAAACAAAAGCCCUUGGCUCUCAACAACAGGAAAGCCUUCCACAACUUCAACUACUUCCUGUUCUUCUACAAUGUUCUGCUCGGCCUGGGCGCUUGCCUCUCCAGGCUGCUCAUCAGUUGCAUCCUGGGCACAUGGCUGAUUGCGCGCAUCGACAGGACCAUCAUGCAGAGCGGCUACGAGAGAGCAGACAUGGGGUUCAGCGCUUGGGUCAGCAUGCUUUAUGUGGAUCACUAUCAUACCAACCCUGUGCUCGUCAGCUUUUGUCACAUCCUGAUCACGGGCCACAAUGAGAGGAAACUGCAGAAGACGAUCAAGUACUGGUGCCUAGGCCAAUCAGCAGGUCCUUGCAACUCAGCUAGGUCCAGGACAAGGUGGCUCCUACUGCAGACCCUGAUCAACAACCCCAGACUCGCCAUCCUCAGAAAAUCAAAAUCAGUGCACGAAUCCCGGGAAUUCACCCAGACUCUGCUGACGUGCUCAGAUUGCUGAUACUGGCCACCAGCAACUACUCUGAGACCAGACCCAGCCACCUGCUCCAAGAGAAAGCUUGGUCUGCCCGGUUUCUGUUCCCUGCAGUAGAAUGACAUGGCAUAGGCCCUGUUCACAGAAGUGACAGAUAGUAUCAGCCACUUGUGGGAUGGUCACCUGAUUUGAGAGUUGAAGUCUAAGGCCUGUUUCACUUCGAGAGAGAGAGAGAGAGAGAGAGAGAGAGAGAGAGAGAGAGAUUGAUUUAAAAAACUAAAGAAAAGUCUGUUGAACAAACUUUGCCCAUGGCUGACAUCCACAAUCCAUUUAGGGUAGGCAGCUGGAGGUGCCUGUGGAGAAGCACUAAGUUUGAUUCCAAGGAAGAACUUGUCACUGAAGAAAGUAUUAAACUAUCUACAUCAAGGGACAUCCCUAUUUCUCUCUGAAACAGAAUGUGGCCUCAAUCCAACAGGAUCCUCAUCACUUCCUUUUUCUUAGGCUUUGUGGUGGGUGAGAGAGAAGCAAACGAUCCUAUCCCCUAACCUUGGAGGGAACUCAGGUACAGAGUGAGCUCUCUGCCCCAUGGCCACUGGGGUGCGAAGGAGACUGGCAUGUACUUGUGUUUUGCUUACAAAGAUGUGCAAGUUCUCUAUGACAAGGGUGGGUUCACCUAGGAAAUCCUCUUGUCUAAGGAAGAAGGAGGGGGUAGACAGGCAGUCCAGGUAGGUGACAAUAGGACCAGUUGUGUGGUCAGACAAGCCCUAGAAUGUUCGACAAGGCUGAGCCAUGUCGCAUGUGAGGGCUCAGGGUGCUAAUUAGGACCAUUUCAGGAUGCCCAAAUGUCAGGCUGGAAGGCUUGGACAUUUUUCCCAUGUAGAGCCAGAAUUGACCCAAAUGUUUUCAUCUUCAAACAUAAGAUCUCUGACGGCUUCAUGAGUCUGAGGAUCCCAUAACAUGGAAGAGAAAAA